AUGUCAACACCUGCGCAAAGGGCCAAUCUCGCGCGCAUCCGGGACAACCAGAGACGAUCUCGCGCUCGCAAGAGGGAGUACCUCCAGGAACUGGAGCAGCGUCUCCGGACAUGCGAGCUCCAGGGCAUUGAGGCCUCGGCAGAGGUCCAGAUGGCCGCCCGCCGCGUCGCGGUGGAGAACAGGCUCCUCCGCGACCUGUUGCACGAGCAGGGCGUCGGCGACGACUACAUCCUGCACUACCUGCAGCAGCAGCAGCCACCGCCCGGCCAGCUUGGCGCGCACCCGGACCUCAGUCCUCUCGCGGCAGCCCAGCUCCCUGCGGGUGCCGCUGGAUCAUCUGUGCAGUCGCUCCAGCAUCUCCUGGCACCGCGACGACCCACGCCCUUGGAAUCGAAUGCGCCGCAUCUGCCAGGACAACAGGCGAGCCGCGAGACGUCCAUCGCGAGUGCCUCCACGAGCGCAUCCUCUUUGUGGGAAACGACGCCGCCCCAGGCCAUGCCGUCCGGCUAUGGAACGCAUCAUGUGAGCGUUGGGAUGGCCCCUGGCGCACCCACGUACGGGACGCCUGUGUACUCGACGGAGAUGACGCCUCGACAGGACGUCUAUGAGACGCAGCAGCAUCAGCCGCCGCCGCCGCGACAACAACUACCAUCACAGCAGCCGCAGCAGCAGCAGCAACCACAGGGAUUCCCAGCGCAGCAGAUGCAGCAUCUCCCCGGGUCGUCGUUGACCUACAGUGAUCCACAUGCGCCCUUUCACCCCAGUCAGCGCGACUACGGCGGCUACUGA